AUGGAGCCCCUUACCUCUCCAAAUCCGGACAAGUAUUCAAAGGUGUUGGGGAUGCACUACAAGGGCUCAAACAUCAAUGGGAAAAUUUGGAUCUUCGUGGAGGAGGGGGCGGAUUUCGAAGUUGAAGAUGAUUCGGAUCAGCUCUUACACGGACGAUUCAUGUGUCCUAGACUUUCUAACCCCAUCAUGAUCUCGGCUGUUUAUGCGAAAUGUUCGAGAGGGGAACGGUUGGCUCUAUGGGAUAAGAUGAGAUUUAUUGCUCAAAUGGCGGAGGGAGUGUCGUGGAUCAUCGGGGGAAACUUCAAUACCAUCCUUUCCCCUCGAGAUAGGAUGGGCAGUGAUACAAAUCGGCAAGUGGAAAUGAUUGAUUUUGCCGAAACCAUUGAAGAUUGUAGACUUCUAGACCCGGGCUUUGAUGGAGCGGAUUACACUUGGGCUAAAAAUGGCCUCUUGGAAAGGCUGGAUAGGGUGCUGGUUAGCGAGAUGGUGGCGCCUCUCUUUGACACGGUAAGGGUCACAAACCUCCCUCGAGUAGCCUCGGACCACGAGCCGGUCCUAGUUAGAGGCAAACUACCGACCAUUCAAGAGGGUGGCAGAGCGUUCCGAUUCCAAAACAUGUGGGUUAGGCAUGAAGGGUUUGCCGAUCUGGUGCAAACGGAUUGGAUGGCCCCUACGGAGGCCGGGGGAUUACUCAACUUGAAGAUCAAACUAACUAGGGUUAAGAAAACGCUCAAACGGUGGAACAAAGAGGUAGCCCUGAGAUGGCUGGAAGAGGGGGAUAAAAACACUAGGUUCUACCAAAGUUGGGUGAAGCAGAAAAAGAUUCGAUUGAGAAUUCACAAGAUUAAUGUCAAUGGGAGGGAACUCACGGAUGACCGUGAAAUCAGAGACUCAGCAGUGGACUUUUUCCAAAAUCUUCUUGCGCCUAACUACCCGGAGCUCGCUGAACCGGACCUUGACCUCUUGCACCAACUUCCCUUCUCGGAGCAACUGGAAGACCUCCCUAAACCGCCAGAUGCGGAUGAAGUUAAGCGAGCGAUUUUUGACAUCUCGGGAAAUAGUGCACCCGGCCCGGAUGGGUUCUCGGCCACCUUCUUCCAAACUUGCUAG